AUGUCUCAACUCCCAACAGAAAUGAAAGCGGUAGUAUUCCGCGCACCGUUUGAUGUUCAAGUGGAGUCCAAACCAGUACCAAAGAUUGACCUUCCCACUGAUGCAAUUAUCAAAGUCGAAUAUGCCGGAUUGUGUGGAUCCGAUAUGCAUACUUAUAGGGGCCACAUCAAGGGGAAACCAGGUACUGUUGUGGGUCACGAGUUUACGGGAACUGUUGUGGAAGUGGGCUCGGAUGUCACCAAAUUCAAGCCCGGUGACGAUAUCUUGAGUUGCUUUUCGAUCCAAUGUGGCGAAUGCUUCUACUGCAAGCAAGGACUUACAGGUCAAUGUGCUAAAACAAACACAUUUGGUAAACCAGGCUUGGAUGGAGGACAAGCUGAAUAUGUGCGUAUUCCCUACGCUGACAAUGUGCUUGUGAAGAAACCGGAAAGCGCUAAAAAUGACAACAUUGACGACUCGGUGUAUUUACUUAUGGCGGACAUAUUUGUAACUGGAUAUUUCGGAGUGAAAAAGAUUGUCGAUUUCUUCAAAUCCCAACCUGCUAAAAACUUUAAGCCUCAAGAGAUUAAAGAUGUUUCGGUAUUGCAGAUUGGUGCUGGUCCUGUUGGAUUAUGUGCAUUACACGUAUUGAAGUACUUUGGUUUCGAAAAGAUUGUCGUUGUUGAUAGUAUUCCAUCUCGUUUAGAAGCCGCCAAACAGAUCGGUGCCUACAAGACAAUCAACUUCCAAGAGGAGAAAAAUGGAGUAGCUAACUUUGUUGCCAACGAAUUGAACGGUGUGGGAUUCGAUGCUGCAUUGGAAGUAGUCGGAGCUGAAUCUUCAAUGAAGACAGCAUUUGAUGCUGUCCGUGGUAAUGGUUUCAUUUCAGCGUUGGGAAUGGGCCAUGGUCCAUUUCCUUUUGAUGCGUUACAAGCAUACUUGAAGAAUCUUAAUCUUUCGUGCGGAAGAUGCCAUGCUUAUGCUUUGUUUCCGGAAGCUUUGGAGAUAUUUGAAACAAUGAAGGAUAAGUUGGCUGAUUUUAUCGAUCACAAGACUUCAAUUGAUAAUGCAAAAGAGGCAUUUAAAUUGUUUGAUGAACACAAGGUGAACAAGGUGGUGUUCGAUUUUAAGAGUAGAGUAUAG